UCUCCUGUCCUGCACAGAUCGUUCAGCUGGAGCCGGGGGGGAUCAGAUAGGGACCUGCGCUACACAAUGGCAGAGAGUUCGGAAAAAGUUCCUAUAGCCCUGGCCGGGCCCGAAGAUGUGGAGCAGUGCCUUCCCCCAGCAUACACAGCAGUGACAAUGAAGCCAUCCAACAAUGGCCGUCUACUCCGAAUCGGGGCCGUGGUGCUCAUCUCAGGGGCUCUCCUGCUUCUCUUUGGAGCCAUCGGUGCCUUCUAUUUCUGGAAAGUUAAUGACAAGCACGUUUACAAUGUCCACUACACCAUGAGCAUCAAUGGCAAAAUACAGGAAGGAUCAAUGGAAAUAGAUUCUGGGAACAACCUAGAAACAUUCAAGACCGGUUCUGGUAGUGAUGAAGCCAUCGAAGUACAUGACUUCCAGAUUGGUAUUACCGGAAUUCGUUUUGCUGGAGGAGAAAAAUGCUACAUUAAAGCUCAAGCCAAGGCUCACGUUCCGGAUGUUGACAGCGUGACAAAGGAAAGCCUCUCGUUUGAGUUGGAAGAUGAGGUCAUGCCGGCCAAAUUUGAUGAGAAUUCUCUUAUCUGGGUGGCUGCAGACCAGCCAGUGAAGGAUAACAGCUUUCUGAGCUCGAAGAUCCUGGAACUGUGUGCCGAUCUUCCCAUCUUCUGGCUCCGACCUACAUAUCCCAAAGAGAGUCAAAGAGGUAAAAGAGAUGUUAGAAGAAGAGCGAGACAAGCUCAGAACAUCAACGUGGACCAGUUUGAUGCUGCAGCAGAGGAAGUGAACACAAGACGCCAGGGAAGCCGACGAGCUCAGCCAGCCAAUGAAACACAACCGCCUGCUGAAAGAGAAGUUCCUUUUAACCCAGAGAACCCUUACCAUCAACUGGAAGGAGAAGGUGGCAUGACUUUUGACCCCAUGUUGGACCAUCUAGGCAUAUGCUGCAUUGAAUGUAGAAGAAGCUACACCCAGUGCCAGAGAAUCUGUGAACCUCUGCUUGGCUACUAUCCCUGGCCAUACAAUUAUCAGGGGUGCCGCUCAGCUUGUAGAGUCAUCAUGCCCUGCAGCUGGUGGGUCGCCCGGAUCCUGGGAGUUGUGUAACUUGAAUGGCAUUGAAAUGACAGAUGGAAAUAACUCCAGAAUAAAAAGAAAAGGCCAAAUUGAAAAGAAGCGGUAUCAGAAAAAAAUAAAUUUGACAUGAUUUUGUUGUAAAUAAAGACCUAAGUUAACAUGUGAUGGUCACAUUCAUUGAAUAGAAUGUGUUCAGUUCUUAGGCAUGAUCUCUGUAUGGAACGUGCAAUAGUCUACAUGGGAAUUUUCCUACACUUUACCCUUUUUUUUUAAAUUUUAUUUCUGGAUUAGCCUUUUCAUGUAGAAACCUGUCCCGCCAUGAGACAUAUUUGCUGACAUGAUUUAGAGAAACGUUCAUUUCUAAAGGUUAACUUGACUGGCUGCCGUGUUUCACAUUUCUGUAGCUUGAUGUAAAUAAAUCUCAAGUGAAUUUGCACCCUGUUGUUAUUGAAACCGAUCCAUUUCAAACAGCGGAAAGCAGUUGAUGCCAGCUUGUUACUUGCUGCUGUUUCCAAUCAGUAAUUUCUCCAUAGAUGGGGGAAGAACGUAUUUGACAGAAACUAUUUAUAUUUUUGACAAUGUAAUGUAUAACACAAGUUUAGCUAAUUUUAUA